AUGUCGCGGUCCGCCUCGCCCGCGUCCUCUCUCGAGUUCAUGUCCUCGGACAUGUCCGACUCCGAGGACGACUUCCGCCCUCAGCAGCGGAAGCGAGCGCCCGCGCCCAAGAAGGCGGCGCCGAUCAAGAUCAAUCUCUCAGCGCUGCAGCGGGCGCGCAACGUCGCCACUGCGCACCCGGCGGACGACCAGGACUACGAUGAAGAGAUUCCGAGGGGAGGCGGCGGCGGAUUUCUGGACAGCCUGAUGGGCGGGCGUGCAAUCGAUCUCAGCCACGAGCACCUGAAGGCUGAUCAUGCGAACCGUCCUCUGUGGAUCGAUGAGGGUGGCAACAUCAUUCUCGAGGCGUUUGCUCACCUCGCACCCCAGGCGCAAGACUUCCUUGUCGCCAUUGCUGAGCCUGUGUCCCGGCCAAGCCUCAUUCACGAGUAUCGCAUCACGAAGCCGAGUCUGCACGCUGCCAUGAGUGUGGGUCUCGAGACGGACGACAUUAUCGGUGUACUGUCCCGCUUGAGCAAGAUCCCGCUGCCCGAAUCGCUCGUCGAGCAGAUCCGCGACUGGACUAGCUCGUACGGCAAGAUCAAGCUCGUCCUGAAGCACAACCGUUACUGGCUCGAGAGCAGUGUUCCGGCGUACCUGCAGACGCUGCUGAAGGAUGAGGUCAUCAAGACGUGCCGCGUGCACCGAGACGAGCAGGAGGGCGAGGUCACGUUUGGCGUCGAGCAGAGCGCCAGGCCGAAGCGCGACUUUGCCAUCCCCGGUACCGAAGCGGCAGCGCGCGCAGCCCGCGGCGAGACCAACACGGAGCCACAGCGCGACUCGGAGGCGGACGAUAUGCUCGGCGCCGUGAUCGGGAUCAAUGAGACCGACGACCUGGACGAGGACGACGCGGUGCAGUCGUUUGAGGUCGCAGGUGACCGCAUGGAGGACGUCCGCCGCCGGUGCAAGGACAUCGACCUGCCCGCGCUCGAGGAAUACGACUUCCGUAACGACCACAUCAAUCCCGACCUCGAUAUCCAGCUGAAGCCCAUGACGGUCAUUCGCCCGUAUCAGGAGACGUCGCUGUCCAAGAUGUUUGGAAACGGUCGUGCGCGUUCCGGUAUCAUUGUGCUGCCGUGCGGUGCCGGCAAGACGCUCGUCGGUAUUACUGCCGCGUGCACGAUCAGGAAGAGCGCGCUCGUGCUGUGUACGUCGGCUGUGUCCGUCGCGCAGUGGAAGCAGCAGUUCCUUCAGUUCUCGAACAUCUCCGAGCGCCAGAUCUGCGCGUUCACGCAGGGAGAGAAGGAGAUCUUCCAGGGCCCUUCUGGUAUCGUCAUCUCGACUUACUCCAUGAUUGCGAAGACGGGCAAGCGCGCGCACGACGCCGAGAAGGUCAUGAACUGGCUGCGAUCGCGCGAGUGGGGUUUCCUGCUGCUCGACGAGGUGCACGUCGCCCCUGCAGCGCUGUUCCGAAAGUGCGUCUCCAGCUUCAAGGUGCACACCAAGCUGGGUCUCACGGCGACUCUUGUGCGCGAGGACGACAAGAUUGGCGACCUCAGCUACCUGAUCGGACCUAAGCUUUACGAGGCGAACUGGAUGGAUCUGGCCAAGAACGGUCACAUUGCGACCGUGCAGUGUGCCGAGGUUUGGUGUCCCAUGACACCCGAGUUCUACCGCGAGUACCUGCGCAACCCGUCGCGCAAGCGCAUCCUCCUCCACGCCAUGAACCCGAACAAGAUGCAGGCGUGCCAGUUCCUGAUCAAGUACCAUGAGGACCGCGGGGACAAGAUCAUCGUGUUCAGCGACAACAUCUACGCGCUCGAGGCGUACGCGACCCGUCUCGGUAAGCCGUUCAUCCACGGCGGCACGCCCGAGGGUGAGCGCCUUCGCAUUCUCUCGUGGUUCCAGCACAACCCAAAGCUGAACACGAUCUUCCUCUCGUCGGUGGGAGACACCUCGAUCGACCUGCCCGAGGCCACCUGUCUGAUCCAGGUCUCGUCGCACUUCGGCUCUCGUCGACAGGAGGCGCAGCGACUUGGCCGUAUUCUCCGCGCGAAGCGUCGUAACGAUGAAGGCUUCAACGCAUUCUUCUACUCGCUCGUCUCAAAGGACACGCAGGAGAUGUACUACUCGUCGAAGCGGCAGGGGUUCCUCAUCGACCAGGGCUAUGCGUUCAAGGUCAUCACAGAGCUGCACGGUAUCGACAAGAUGGACGGGCUCCUGUUCGCGAACAAAAAUGACCAGAUCGGUCUCCUCGAGGAGAUCCUGAACACGGGUUCCGACGCGUGGGAGACACAGAACCACUACAUGCGCCUCAACAACGGGAAGCACCACAAGGGUACCUCGUCUCAGACACCCUACGCUGCUCCGCCAUCAGCGAGCGUGCAGCGGUUCCAGGCGCCCCUCGAGGAUCUCUCGGGAGGCAAGAACAUCAGUUACCGCGAACAGAACAAGAGUGCCAAGUACGUAUUUUGCAGCUGGAAUAAUGGAGGCAGAGCUGACAUCGCCAGCAAGGAACUCAACCGCGAAGAGCGCCAACUCAAGAAACAGAAGGUGUCCCAGAACCAAGGUACGGGCCAGGCUGCCAUCUUCCGCAAGCGUGCCAAGGAACUCGCUAUGGCGAAGAAGCGGAUGUCAGAGUUCUAA